UUGCGCCUCAUGAUUACUUGCUAGGUGAAGAAGUAAAGGUGUAUGUCAACUCGCUCACUCCGUUGAUGGGAAGUCAACAGCUUAAAUCCUUGAUUCCAUAUGACUAUUAUUAUAAACCUUUCCACUUUUGUGCGCCAGAAAACCCACAAAGUCAAUCGGAAUCCUUGGAUGGACUUCCUGCUGCUAGCAAAAAAUUAGACGUGAAAGCUAAAACAAUAUUCAAUAGCAUUGGAUUCGAAUUAGGUGAUUCAAUGGCUUCUUUCAUUAACCCCCCAUUGCACAAUCAUUACGAUAUCGAAAUUCAAUAUCAUAAGCAAGAAGGUCAAAAUAAAUAUCGUGUCGUUGGUGUGAUCGUUUCUCCUACCAGUGUAAAUAGUUGUGCUACUACUAGUGAACGUUUAAUUUUGGAUGAGAAGAAGGAUAAUCUUGUGCAUUACACUUAUAGAGUCGUGUGGACUGUGCAUAUAUCUCGGUAUAACCAAAUAGAAGCACAAGAAGAUGUACAAGAAGAUUUCGGUUGGAAAUUAGUACAUGGGGAUAUAUUUCGCACUCCGGCAAAU